AUGCUUUCCCGCAGACUCGCCGCGGCACGCCCGCUCUCCAGCGCCGUACGAGCCUCCGCUCCCCGUACUACCCUCACACAACUGCGUUUCGCUUCCGAGAACAAUGCCAACAGAGAGAACUUUGUUGGCGAGAUGUCCGUCGAGGACCCCGGCAUGAACGGUGGAUACGUGAACCCUCCAGCAAUCAAGCGCGCCUUCCGCGACCCUUACGGCGACUGGUGGGACAAGCAAGAGCGUCGCAACUUCGGCGAGCCCGUUCACGAGGAUAACGACACUCUUGGUAUCUUCUCGACCGAACCUUACACCCACUUCAAGCCCGGCCACGGUGCCGUCCUCCUCGGUACCUUUAUCGCAUCCGUCUUCGUCCUGAUGGGUGUUGUGCGUCAAUACUACCCCGACAAGCCCGCCGUUCCUAGAACCUUCCCCGGUGGUCUCGACAGGGAACUUGGCGGCGCCGGCGCUGUCCCCGCCCGUACCGACGAGAAGGAGCCUUUCUAA